AUGGUGGCGAUGAACCGAUUCACGGAGAGCACCUCCGCCGAGAGAGUGGCGGACGGAGUGCUAUCGGCGUUGCUGGAGGGCGCGUCAUGGGGGAGGGACAAGUCACCGGCGGAAACUGAUCCUGAACCGGAGGACGAGCCGCGAGCGUUGGCGCUGGUGACUGCCACGGCGAGAAGCAGGAGCUGGAAGACCUUCAUUGGGUUUGGAGUGGCGGUGGGGGAGAAAGACGAGCUUGGGGUGAUGACCAUCAGGGGCGAGGGUUUUGCCGGGAAUCACGUGGAGCUAGAAGCGAACACUGAGACCGUCAACUUCCAGCAGCAGGAGAUUGCCAUGCGACUACCUAAUGCCAUGUGA